AUGAAGUUUUCUCAGCUUGCUGUUGCUUCCCUAGCAGCGCCUCUGGCAGCUGGCUACUUGGUCGAUCCGCCUGGGAGAGCUGCACCUGGCACCACGCAGCAAUGCAGCAAAUGGGUUGUGUAUAGCGCGGGUCUUACCUGUGCAAAGGUUCAAUCCGCGUUUGGGAUCACUGCGGCUCAAUUUACGUCGUGGAACCCCAUUGUCACACAAAUCAGCACCACAUGCACGCUCCUACAGGGCUACGACUACUGCGUCGAGAUCAAUUUCAGUGGCAGGACGUCCUCGUCGGCUGAAGCUCCUACCACAGAUGCCACGACAGCGGCGCCGCCAGAAACUACAGCGCCCGUGCCGACCACCACUUCUCCGGGAAAUGGCAUCGCCACCCCAACGCCAUAUCAACCCGAUAUGGUAACGAACUGCAAUUCAUUCCACCUGGUUUCUGACGGCGAUAGCUGCGAUACCAUUGCAGCGGCAGCCGGUGUAUCACUCUCGGAUUUCUACUCCUGGAACCCAGCGGUUGGAAACACUUGCACGACCCUCUGGCUCGGCUACUACGUUUGCACCGGGGUUAUUGGAGCCACGCCCACCCCGCCAUCAACCACGACUAGCCCUGGGAAUGGCAUCGAGACGCCAACGCCCAUUCAGCCGGGUAUGAAUUCUAACUGCAAUUCUUUCCAUUUGGUGGCUGAUGGGGAUGAUUGUGAUGCCAUUUCUCGGGCUGCUGGCAUCGCCUUGCAAGACUUUUACGCCUGGAACCCUGCAGUUGGAAACACCUGUUCGAGUCUCUGGCUGGGCUACUACGUCUGCACUGGGAUCAUUGGAAGCUCACCUACCACCAUGCCGCCAAGCACGACGACGAAGCCUGGAAAUGGCAUCGCGACCCCGACCCCGACUCAAGCCAACAUGACGCCAAACUGCAAUAAAUUCCAUCUGGUGGUAAGCGGAGACAACUGCUAUGAUAUCGCCAAGAACGCGGGUGUUCCGCUCGACAGCUUUUAUACAUGGAAUCCCUCUGUGGGAAAUACCUGUUCAUCGCUGUGGUCGGGCUACUACGUCUGCGUGGGCGUCAUCGGCGGUACUCCGACGACCAUGCGCACCACCACCACCACCAAGCCUGGCAAUGGCGUCGCGACGCCCACGCCCACUCAAGCCGGCAUGAUCAACAGGUGUGACACUUUCCAUCGGGUGGUCAGUGGUGAUAAUUGCUACGACAUUGCCCAGAAGGCUAAAAUCUCCCUGUCCAAUUUCUAUGCCUGGAAUCCAGCUGUCGGGAACACCUGUUCUUCGCUCUGGGCUGGCUACUAUGUCUGUAUCGGCUUACUGUAG